AGCUUAAAAAUUGAGUAAAACCCUCGUGCCCCCUGCGCGGCGUGCGUUCGCUGAGAUCGGCAGCGUUGCAAAAACUAAUACGUAAAACGCACUCAUUUUCCAAUUUCCACUUCCCACCACACCUUCCUCCUCCUCUGCAAAUUUCCACUCGCGCUCGCAGAUCUCCUCCGCCCUCCCCAACAAAACCCACGACUCUUUUGCAACGGUCCUAUUUCGAUUGCUUCGUUUUCCGCCGCAAACAAUUUGAUCCAAUUUCAUGUCUCCUGCACUUCGCCUUCUGCUUCUGAGCCUCUUUUCGUUCACCUCCGCACUCGCGCCCGCGUCGGCUUCUUCUGCGGCGGGAUCGCGCUCGAUCCUCCGCGCUGUCAACGACGACAACGCUGAUGUUCGAGACUUUGCCGUCGAUUUGAACGCCAGCAGCUUCGAUGCAGUCCUCAGCGACACCCCUGCCUCCUUUGCCGUAGUCGAAUUCUUCGCUCACUGGUGUCCGGCUUGCAGAAAUUACAAGCCCCAUUACGAAAAGGUUGCUAGGCUUUUCAAUGGACCUGAUGCUGUGCAUCCAGGGAUGGUUUUGAUGACCAGGGUGGACUGUGCAUCGAAGGUAAAUACCAAACUCUGCGAUAACUUUUCUGUCGGUCAUUAUCCUAUGCUGCUUUGGGGACCUCCAUCUAAAUUUGUAUCUGCUAGUUGGGAACCUAAUCAAGCAAAAAGUGAUAUACGUUUAAUUGACAAUGGACGUACAGCUGAUCGGUUGCUUAGUUGGAUCAACAAGCAAUUGGGCAGCUCUUUCAGCUUGGAUGAUCAGAAAUUUGAAAAUGAGCAUAUUUCGUCAAAUGCGUCUGACCCCGAACAGAUUGCUCGGGCUGUGUAUGAUGUUGAGGAAGCAACAUCAACUGCUUUUGAAAUCAUCUUAGAGCACAAGAUGAUCAAAUCAAAAACACGGGCUUCGCUAGUAAAAUUUCUUCAACUUUUGGUCGCUCAUCAUCCCUCCAGGAGGUGCCGAAAGGGAAGUGCGGAGGUGCUUGUGAAUUUUGAUGAUUUGUACCCGCUAGAUAUCUUGGCAGCUGACAGGCAGGGAGACCAAGAUGUACAGGCGGCCUUGCAGAAAUUUCAGAUUUGUGGUAAAGAUGUUCCUCGUGGAUAUUGGAUGUUUUGCCGUGGCAGCAAAAAUGAUACCAGGGGCUUUAGCUGUGGGUUAUGGGUUCUUCUGCAUUCACUUUCAGUGAGAAUUGAGGAUGGAGAAAGCAACUUUGCGUUCACCACUAUAUGUGAUUUUGUGCACAAUUUCUUCGUCUGUGAGGAAUGUCGCCAACAUUUUUAUGAUAUGUGUUCAAGUGUUUCUAGUCCUUUCAACAAAUCCCGUGACUUUGUGCUUUGGCUGUGGAGUGCUCACAAUAAAGUCAAUGAGAGAUUAAUUAAAGAGGAAUCCUCUUUAGGAACUGCUGAUCCGAAAUUCCCAAAGAUGAUUUGGCCUCCAAGGCAGCUUUGUCCUUCUUGUUACCUUUCCUCGAGCCAGAAAAACAACGAAAUUGAUUGGCACAAGGAUGAGGUGUUCAAAAUUUUGACCAGUUAUUACGGGAAAACCCUUGUUUCUCUUUACAAAGAUAAGGGUAUUGUUGGGAAUGAUGAGACUAGUGGGGCUCUUGAAGACUUGGUACCUACAAAUGCGCUUGUGGUGCCUCUUGGGGCUGCGUUGGCUAUUGCUGUUGCUAGUUGUGCAUUCGGAGCACUCGCUUGCUACUGGCGUUCACAGCAGAAGAGUCGGAAGUAUUUCCACCACUCUUUAAAGAACAUUUGAUUAUUAGGAGGGUGAUGAACUCUUUCAUAAAAAGAGGAGAGAGUGAGAGAUUGUUAGGAGGUUUUAAAAGUUUCUUAUUCAUUUUUCUUCCACCGAAUUUCAGGCCGAGGAGAAGCUGGAGCUAAUUUUGUUGCAACAGAGGGUGGAAAAUCAGUCUCUGUAGGAAAACACGAUACAACCUUGUUCGAGAUUGGCCUGCUUGAGGUCCUCUUCUGUACCCUAUUUGAGCUUUUCAUUUUCCACA